UUAGAGAUAGAGGAGUACACACACACACACACACACACACACACACACACACACACACACGCACACACACACAAACACACACACACCUGCUGAGAACAUGAAGAUGAGUCGUGUGUUUUUGGUCCUGGGCUUCGUCCUGAUCAUGGCGCUCUACUCAGACGCUAUUCCUUAUGGUGUUGAUGUUGUGCCGGAGGGCUGCUGUUUCAAGUUUUUCACUGGCAAAAUUCCUCCCCAAAACAUUCUGAAUGUUAAAAAGACUGGCUCACGUUGUGCAAAGCAAGGCUUCAUUGUUACUACUCCUAAGCACACCAGCCUGUGUGUUCUUGAAGUCGCAACCAAUGGAAAAGCUACACCUUAAUGCUGCAACUGAGAUGCAACACACCAUUUAAUUUUGAUGCUUAUAGAUGUUACUGAUGCUUAAUGUAAUUCAGAUUCAAAUAAAGUUAUAGUGGACCACUGUG